GUUUAAGACAUUAAUAAGUUGCUCACAUGAUUUGAUGAAUAGUUGCCAAGUAACUUCACUAGAAACAUUAUAUAAACAAUUUUGGACCAUUUACAUUGAAGGUUCACAUCUAUAGAAUAUUUAUAUUCCAAAGACCCAAGAUUCAUUUUCUUUUUUGCCAACGACCUAAGUUUCAUUUGUACUUUGUGUCUUUUAAAUUAAUCUAUUUCAUAUUAUAUAUAAGAAAGAAGCUUUCUAUCUACACCUCAUUACCACAAAACUUCUCAUUGCAUAACAAAAAGCUUCUCUCACACACUUUCCCCUCUUUAUAAAGCGCAAAACCUCUGUGUUAUCUCUCAAAGCAGAAUUAACUACCAAAUUCUUCUUCGGCUUCUCUCUUUCUCAAUAUAUUCCUUUUUUUCUCUUAGACUGCAAAGAUGUUGGACAUAGCGUUUGAAUUGAUCGGAGAAGCCACGUCGAAUUCGCUUCUCAUGUUCUGUUUCUGCAACCUCAUUAUUGUCAUGAUCUUCACUGGAUCAUCAAAACCCGGUUUGAAGGAUUCACAUGAUUCCACAUUUCUUACCUCUGUGAGCUACGAUACGAGAGACAUUGCAUCUGAUCAUCAUGAUUGUGGUGAUGAUGAUGAUGAUAAUGAUGAAGAGAUGACAAACACUGCUGCUAUUCCAUCUGCACAAGAUGAGCUUUUGAUCGAUGACUCGAGUUCUGACGAAGAAGAGGACAGAGAAAGCAGCCAAUGCUAUGCUGAUGAUGAUGAUGAUGAUGAUGAUGAGGAGGAGGAGGAGGAGGAGGAGGAGGAGGAGGAGGAGGAUGAUGAUGAGAGCAAAGAGUCCGAGGUUGAAGAGGAGGAGGAAGGAGACGAUGAUUUGAGAAUGAGGGUAGAAGAGUUUAUAGCAAAGAUUAACAAUGAAUGGAGGCAUGAGAAGCUUAGGGCUUUGAAUUCAGUUUAUUAAUAUGUUUAAACAAAAAAAUGGAUUCACUCUAAUUGCAAUGAUAAUGAUUUUGUAUGAACAUGUACAUACUUUUUAACCAAUGUAUAUAACAUAAUUUCGCA